GAUUUUCUGGACAUGCCAGCGAUGGCGCCCCCGGCGGGCCAAACAGCAAAUCUCGAAAAUCCACCAAAUCAUAACGGUGCUGUGGUUGCAGUCUACACUGUAUGCAUAACCAUUGUGACCAUUUUUGUCGCCUUACGAGUAUAUGCCAAAUUCAUCUUCUUAAGAAACUCGCGAAUUGUAGACUAUCUCCUCGUUCCAACUUUUGGUAUCUUCAUCGCACAUUGCGUAUUCUGGCUCAAGAUGAAUAGUACCACGGGUCAGUUUGUGCACAUGUGGAAUUUCCGCGUAGGCGGCCUUGCACCAUUCUAUCGUGUUAGUAAC